AUGAGCUUAACCCCCUUCUUAAUGGCCGCUCCUGGCAUUGCCAGCUGUGUCCGGGUGAUCAUCAGACAACUUGCCCACGCGGAUGGCACCGGUAGCAUAAAAGUGGCCGAUGUGGUAGAGGGGCAGAUUGAGAAACUCAAUCCUGAGCGGGCUCAUGACGCUAUGGUUGCCUUUACGGUAUUGUUGGCUUCCAUCACAGAUCUUCUGAAGAAUUCACAACUUCCAACCGGGGACCUUUCUCGAAAUUCUCAACUGGUUGAUAAAAUAUGGCAGAAUUAUUACGAGGCAAUAGACGAGUACACUUGUAUGUUUUCCGAGGACACCCAGGAGUUGAUGGCCAUCUAUGACGAGUUGGUCGUCAACAUUAUACUUGAAUGUCAAGAGAAUGGAGUGAUUCCUGAGCAUAGAGAUCCACGAUAUUGUCCAAAUUUCCUAGAGAUUGUCAAUGAGAUCACACACGGCAUAAUUAAGCUUCGUAAGGUUGCUGCAGAGGAGAUGGGCGGUGAUCCUGAGCUUGAGCUCGGUCAGAUCACAUUUUGA